AUGAUGGAAAGGCGAGGCAUGGAGAAGCUAGAGGACGAGCAAGACAUUUGGGACCUCACACACAGAGAGGCGCUUGAAAAUUUUCUGGAAGGAUGGCAGAACGCGCUGAUCCACAUGGCGACUCCUCAUGCAAACCUGACCAGAGCAGCUGAGGAGCUCAAAGAUCUUCGCCUUCACUUCAACCUUCACCUCAAGGAGCUCGAGUCACUUGCUGCUGCCGUAGACUCCGCUGAUGGCCAGGAAACGAGUGCAGCAUCGGAAGAGCUGAUCGGCAAACGAGAUGCGUUGAAGGAGGAGUUGAAGGAGAAACAAGCGACGCUGAAGCAAGUCAUCGACAAGCUCCGGCACCUCCAGAGCGACCUGACGGUUCUGACUUGCGCGACUGCCGUGCAGGAGUGA